AUGCUUUUUUCCCGCCCUCCAGCUCGGCUUUCUUGGAUCCUAGCUUUCCAGCCGAGUCAGAAGCUGCCCAGAUAUAGUCCAAGAUUCUUCUCUAUAUCUGUUUCGAGAUUCGCUAUCGACAUGGAAGCCGUGGAUACUACAAAGCGCCUGUCCAGCUUGCGCCAGUUGAUGCGAGAGCAUAAAGUUGAUGUAUAUAUUGUACCCUCGGAAGAUAGUCACCAGUCAGAAUACAUUGCACCCUGCGACGGCCGCCGAGAGUUCAUUUCGGGAUUUUCUGGUUCUGCUGGAACCGCUAUUAUCUCACUAAAUGAAGCUGCGCUUUCCACCGAUGGCAGAUAUUUUAAUCAAGCGGCGAAGCAGCUUGACAACAACUGGACACUGUUGAAGCGCGGAGUUGAGGGUGUCCCGACUUCACAAGAAUGGAUAACGCAGCAGGCCGAGGGUGGUAAAGUAGUGGGUGUUGAUCCCGCUUUGAUUACAGGGGCGGCCGCCCGCAGUCUAUCUGAUGCCCUUCAGAAGAGCGGUGCUUCAUUAAUUGGUGUCUCUCAGAACCUCGUCGAUUUGGUCUGGGGCAACGAUCGGCCCGCUCCGCCCCGGGAAAAAGUCAGGGUUCAUCCAGAAAAGUAUGCAGGGAAGAGCUUUCAAGAAAAGGUUAGCGACCUACGGAAGGAAUUAGAGAACAAAAAGGCGGCUGGUUUCGUCAUCUCCAUGCUUGACGAAAUCGCUUGGCUUCUGAACCUUAGAGGAAGCGACAUACCCUACAACCCUGUUUUCAUCUCUUAUUGCAUUGUUACCCCCACAAAGGUUGAGCUUUACAUCGACGAUGAGAAGUUGACACCUGAGGUAAAAGCGCACCUUGGAGAUGACGUUAUUAUAAAGCCUUAUGAUUCUAUUUUUGCGGACGCCAAAGCGCUUUUCGAAGCUAAAAAAAAAGAUCCCGAUGCUCCGUCAUCCAAAUUUCUCCUCUCAAACAGGGCCUCAUGGGCUCUUAACCUCAGCUUAGGAGGCGAAGACCACGUUGAGGAAAUCCGCAGCCCUAUUGGCGACGCCAAGGCUGUGAAGAAUGAGGUUGAAUUGGCAGGCAUGAGGGCUUGCCACAUUCGUGACGGUGCUGCCCUAAUCGAGUAUUUCGCCUGGCUCGAAAACGAACUGGUUAACAAAAAGUCGACUUUGGACGAGGUCGAUGCAGCUGAUAAGCUGGAACAACUCAGGUCUAAGCAGGAGCUCUUCGCAGGUCUUUCUUUUGACACUAUCUCCUCGACCGGUCCGAACGGAGCUGUCAUACACUACAAGCCUGAGAAGGGAAGUUGCUCCGUCAUCGACCCUAACGCCAUCUACCUCUGCGACUCCGGAGGCCAGUAUCUUGACGGGACCACAGACGUAACCAGAACUUUUCAUUUCGGCCAGCCCACGGAGCUUGAGAAGAAAGCUUUCACAUUGGUCCUCAAGGGUUGCAUUGGGCUUGACUCUGCCGUCUUCCCAAAAGGCACGAGCGGGUUUGCGCUUGACGUCCUAGCUCGGCAACACUUGUGGAAGGAGGGUCUUGACUUCUUGCAUGGGACAGGCCAUGGAAUUGGUUCCUACUUGAAUGUACACGAGGGACCCGUAGGCAUCGGCACUCGUGUGCAGUAUACUGAAGUGCCCUUAGCGCCCGGAAACGUUAUAUCUGACGAACCUGGUUUCUAUGAAGACGGCAAGUUCGGAAUUCGCAUUGAGAACGUUAUCAUGGUACGCGAGGUUCAGACUACUCACAAGUUCGGUGAACGGCCUUGGCUGGGCUUUGAGCAUGUCACAAUGUGCCCCAUCGGACAGAAUCUGAUUGAGCCUUCACUUCUGAGCGACUCCGAGAUCAAAUGGCUGAAUGACUACCAUGCGGAGGUAUGGGAAAAGACCCAUAAGUACUUUGAGAACGAUGAAGUCACUCGUAAAUGGCUUGAACGGGAGACUCGCCCGAUUUCGAAAUGAAAUUGGUAAGAAGCUCCUACUAUAGAAUGUAGAUAGAUUCUAGGAUAGAAACGUCCAUACCCGAAUUGAGUCUGGCAUUGGCUCAG